AUGUCACCAGUUGUGAUGUGGCUACUUUCCUUCCAGUUCCUUCUGGGACCAACCCUGAUUUUGAAUAACAACCUACAGACUGCCAUCAAGAACUUUAAACACUUAUUCAUUGACUUCCCCCGCCUUGAAUAUGCAAGCAGUUUCAAGGGCUACUGUAAUGGUAUUAUGAGCUAUGUGCGGGGCAGAAUGCAAAGAUGGGAUUGUCCAAAUGUCCACUACUUGGUACAUGUCUCCUACAAAUCCAUCCAGAAGUAUUGCAAGCAUAGUGACAACUUUUGUGAGAACUAUAACCAAUACUGUACAAUAACAAAUGACUCCUUCCCCCUCACGAUCUGUCAGCUGAUGACAAACUACUCACCCAUCAGCUGCUACUACAGUACCAACCUAACUAACCAAAAACUCUACCUGCUCUGUUCUCGCAGGUAUAAUGCUGAACCAAUAGAUAUCAUUGGCCUUGUCUAA